AUGUCACCCCAAUGUUUUCAUGCAUUAUUGGAUCUUAUUCGACACAAAUUAGUGAAGCAUAGCAAUCGACCACCGAUAAGUCCUGAACACAGACUUGUUAUUACAUUGUAUAGAAAAACAACGGCAUCAGUAAUCAUUCAAGAAACAUAUGGAGCUAUUUGGGAGAUCCUUUCUCCGAUUUAUUUAAAAACACCGACAAUUGAUGAUUGGCAAAACAAGAGUAAAGAAUUUUCUGAACAAUGGAAUUUUCCUAACUGUUGUGGUGCUAUAGACGGAAAGCACAUAACUAUUCAGGCUCCAAAUAAAUCUGGAAGUGCCUAUUUUAAUUAUAAAAAAACUUUUAGUAUCAUAUUACUAGCUGUUUGUGAUGCUGAUUAUAUAUUUACACUUGUGGAUAUUGGCGCCUUUGGUUCACAAAGUGAUGGAGGUGUUUUUAAAGAGUCAACUUUUGGACGAGCAUUAGAAUCUGGUGCAAUAAGCUUACCAGAAGAUUCGCCACUGCCAAAUACAAAUAAUGCGCAAGCAAAGAAAGAGGCCGCGGAAACGCAGCAGACGCGGAGGCGUAAAGCGCCAGUUGGCGCGACUGGUAGCGGCAUACGCCUAUCACGGGGAGUUCGAUCCCUCAAUCUUCCCACCUGA